AAGGAAAUGUGUUAAACUUAUAACAAUCUUAGGUAGAGGAUUCCUGGAGAGUGAAGAGUAUUUAGAAGCAAAGACGGUUGACUCGAGUGGACAUACUCCAAGAAGGAUAGGUUCCUCCAUGUCUUCGCAAGUACUUUUACUUUUUGCAGCGCAGUUGUGCCUUGGCACAGCACAGGUUCUACUCGCUUCUAAAAAUUCUCUUCCGUACACACCCCUUGCCAAAGUGGAAGUUAAGAACUACGCGGAAACGCUACCACGACUUGGGAAGUCCCAGGACGCAUGGAAGUUCAUCACUGCAAACAAGACGCUUCACCUGUACAUGCGUUCCUUCGAACAUGACCUCAUGUAUGGCAACGACAGCAAGUGCGUCAAGGGUAACUUGUUGGACGCUAACAAUAAUGUGGCGACAGUUGACUUAAGCUAUAUCGACAGAAGUAAAAAGGAUCACAUUGAUGUACACUUUGUGGCAUACUUCCGGGUGAACCGUACUGAAGGGUACAACCAGUCCAACAUUCUUGUAGGAUCGUACGACAAGGAGGGAGAAGGGUAUCCGUAUCCGAUGGUGUUUUCGGAUUAUAAGACCUGUGGAAUCGUAAGGAUCCCUCAUUACGAAAAAGAUGGCAAACCAGCGUGCCAGCUUUGGGUCAUGGGUGAUUAUGUAAAGAAAGUGAACCGUUGCUGCCUGUUCAUCUAUCAGUUGCUGUGUGGACCGGAAAAACACCUGGUCUAUGACGCUGACAAGUGCAGAUACGAAGAGCAACACGACGUUGAAGUGGAAGAAUAAACGCAAGAACUUACAGAGUACUCUUGCAACUAAUUAUUA